AUGGUUCUAAAAGGCGUGCCAUGGCGCAAGGGUUUCAAUUUUCCAAUUGACUUCUACCCAGAGCCAAGAUCAAAAUCUCGAUUUCUCGACAUCAACACAUCACUCAUCAGCUUCGUGACAUUCGUCGUCCGUCGAUUGGUCACAGCAAUUGACACAACACCUCAUAUUGGUCACUCCAAUUCCGAGAAAUUGGCUAAUCUCUUCAAUUCUGCCGGAGUAGUAGAUAUCGCCGAGGUUAUAUACAAUAGGGAUACAGAACAAAGUAGAGGAUUUGGGUUUGUGACAAUGAGCACAGUAGAAGAAGCUGAGAAAGCUGUGGAGAAGUUCAAUGGCUAUGAUUUGAGUGGAAGGGCUCUUAUUGUAAAUAAGGCUGCACCAAGAGGUUCACAACUAGAAAAACGAGUGGUGUGGACUUCUUUCAAGAUCUACGUGGGUAACCUAGCAUGGCAGGUGGAUAGUGAACGUCUGGAGCAGGCGUUUAAUGAACAUGGGAAAGUGGUCGAUGCAAGGGUGAUUUAUGAUCGUGAAAGUGGAAAAUCAUGUGGGUUUUUGUCAGCUUCGUGA